UCAACUUCCGUUCUGGCGUAUGGAGGCGGCGAGAAUUUUUCUGUACAAAAAGCUGAUUUUACCAUCUUACUUAUUGAUCUUAUUAAUUUGAAAGAUAGCUAUAAUAACAAUGGAAGUUGAUGCAGAGGGAUUCUCUGACUUGCUGCAGCAAGCAGAGCAGCUGACAGCAGAGAUGGACACGGGAACUGAUCUGCCAAGAGUGGAGAGGAAUCUCCAGCAGGUUCUUGAGGCUGGCCAGAGGCUCUGGUCCCGCACCCAUGCUAUCCAAGACAGUACUGAUGUCAAAGCAUCUGUCCUGCUUGGAUCCAAAGGGUUUGACGUUCCCCGUAUCUCACAGAAACUGGAAACACUUGGUGCCGUCAAAACAUUUGAACCUCUGGAACCGGUUAGAGACACAGACAUUCAAGGCUUCCUGAGGAACGAGAGGGAGAAUGCACUUUUGGCCGUCAUUGAGCAAACAAGGAAAAACACAUUUGAGCAGACCUCGUGCCACCACUGGGCGCGUCAGGAGGAUGAGUGGGAGCGAGAGAAACAAAGGAUCCUGAACGCACUGGUCGGGACGGGACAGGAGACCAUGGACUUCCCACAAGAAACAGAGGGUUUGCUGAAUGAUUCUGUAAGCAUGAAUGGCAGGAGUACUUUAGACAGCACUGAGAUGGCCUACGCCAAACAGGUUUACAUCUACAAUGACCAGGUGAUCCAGAAAGGCUUGAGACGAGAGCUGUCUGAGAUGUGUGCACAGGUCGGAGAGAAGGUUGAUGACAAGAACAUGGUUGAGAUUUGGAGUAUGGUUCACCACAUGACCCAGGUUCCCAUGGCAGCAGGAAAUAUCGUCACAGCGAGAAACUCCAAAAAGAUGCAGAUGGCAUUUGUGACUCAGGCGAGGAAAUAUCUCGAACAUCUCUAUAAAAAGUAUAUCCAGAGUUGCAUUUAUGGUAACCGGCAGCAGGCAAAGCUGGGAGGUAUUCCUGGCACAUAUCCCUUGGUACGGAGCUUCCUCAAUGUGAAAGUGCCUGCCGGUACACAAGGACUAGAGGAUGGAACGAUCGAUGGCCACCCUGUCUGGGCAUUAGUCUACUACUGCGUUAGAUGUGGGGACCUCCAGGCAGCAUUAAACAUUGUCAAGACAUCAGCGAAGCAGCUUGGAGAAUUUGAAGGAUAUUUACAAGAAUACGCACACGGUGAAGACAGACGAUUAAGUCCUGAGAAUGAAACAAAAAUCAAACUUCAAUACAGACGCUCGGUGCGGAACAGUACAGAUCCUUAUAAAAGGGCUUUGUAUUGCUUGAUUGGUUGUUGUGACCCCCAGGACAACCACUCUGAAGUGGCAGACAAGACAGACGACUACCUCUGGAUCAAACUCUGCCAGAUUGGCUUCACCGAAUCUGACACAUCACAGGAUCAACUCACACUUAGUCAGUUACAAACAACGUUAUUAGAAGAAUAUGGUGAGAGCCACUUCAAUGCCUACCAAGUCCCUGUCAACUACUUCACAGUGCUUUUCCUGACUGCCCAAUUUGAAGCUGCCAUUGGAUUCCUCGCACACAUCGACAAGUUACGCUGUCAUGCCGUCCACAUUGCUAUGGUCCUCUAUGAAUUGAAUUUAUUAGCCCGGCCGCAUACAACACAGGCACAGUUGUUAACACAAGAUGUUAGUGACCCCAAACCCAUGCGGAGAUUGAAUUUUGCACGAUUAAUCAUGAUGUACACUCGCAAAUUUGAGGCGACAGACCCAAGAGAAGCUUUACAGUAUUUCUUCUUCCUCAGGGAUCUGCGGACUUCCCAGGGUGAUAACCUGUUCAUGACGUGUGUCAGUGAAUUAGUGCUCGAGACAAGAGAGUUUGAAAUGCUACUGGGGAAGUUGGUCAAAGAUGGCACCAGAAGACCUGGUGCUAUUGAUAAAUUCAAUGCUGACACACAGAAAAUUAUAGAGCUGGUGGCAAAAGAUACAGAAAAUAAAGGACAUUUUGAAGAUGCUGUUAAAUUAUAUGAUUUAGCUCGGAAUCAUGAGAAAGUUCUUGAGCUGUUGAACAAGCUCCUAACCCAGGUGCUGUCACAGGCUCCUACUCCUCAGUCUGCCAGAGACCGGCUGAAGGCACUGGCUGUGGCCAUAGCAGAGAGAUAUCGUUCCCUCGGACAGGAAGGUACCAGGUCGACCACAUGCACGUUUUACUUGUUAUUGGAUUUGAUGACGUUCUUUGAUGAAUAUCAUGCGCAGCAUUUGGACCAAGCCAUGGAUACAAUUGUACAGCUGAAACUUCUGCCAACAACAACAGAAACAGUGGAGAGAUUGGUGAACAACUUCAAGCAUUAUACGGAUGAGAUCCGCCGAAGUCUUCCAGAUGUGCUACUGGCGACGAUGAAUAUUCUCUAUCUCCAAUCCAAGAAGGUUCGAUCGUCAGGCUUCCAGAGCCCUCUGUUGUCCAAGUCCACAUUCGGCCGAGACGACGGUGGUCAGGACUCGUAUCUCAAUCAGCUGCGCAGACAAGCCCGAGCCCUGAUCACAUUCGCUGGGAUGAUUCCGUAUCGGAUGCCGGGGGACACGAACUCAAGACUCGUACAGUUGGAAGUGCUCAUGAACUGAUAUGGUCCACAGUUUGGAAAACAUGACUGGACUAUGACUAUGACUAUUGAUUUCUUUGCGUCAGUAACAGUACAUGUGCAGUACUGUAGGCUUUGGUGCAAGUUGUGCAUGCAGACUUUCUAAAAUGUGCUUCGCUAUUUUGUCUGAAACAGUGUCGGAUGCCAAUGUCAUUACAGCUUUAUGACACAUUCCGUUGAAUACCUCUCAUUGAAAUUGGGCACCCAUACACAUGAAGAUGUCUGUCAGGUUUGGGUAAUCCAUUGAUGUCUUGUAGAAAACAGAAUGUAUUUUAUACAGAGACAUCUUUGUACUACCAUUAAACCAUAUUUCUCAUAUACUUUUUGAUUUCAUGGCAAAAUAGUGCACACUGCCAGUAGCUGGUUUUAUAUGCAUUUCAUUACUGUCUCAUCUGUAAAUUUGAGAAAUAAAGAUUACUACUCUUGAUAA